GGGGGGGGAGGGGAGUAAAGUCAGUGAUUUUUGUUUGGAAAUCUGUGCGCAUGUGACGUGGUAAAUACCCUCCAUACGUGCUUGUUGCAACCUUCAAGUGUUGACCCGUGUGUACAAAAAUUCUCAUACGUUCGGAAUACUACAAAAAAUUACGGCAAGAAGAAAACGAUUGUUUUGUGCAGCAAAGUGGUGUGUUUCUCUGUGUGUGCAGAAGAUAACAAUAUCUGAAGUGUAGUGCAAACGACACAAAUCCUUGGUGAUAUAAGAUAGGAUUGAGAAAACUUCCAUCCACGAGCUGUAUUGUACCUAUGUUGAUGAGCACCACAUGUCCACAGCAGUCUCAAAAAAUGCGGGGCUCGGCCCAUGUGACCUCCAGGACCCGGUGUGGGUCAAGAUGAGUGCAGCCGUUGCUGGAGGAGUCAACAAGAAACGGAAAAAAUCCGACACGAAGCCCCAAGCCCAGCUUACAAAGUGCCUUAAUGAAAAGAAACGACGCGAACAGGAGAACAUUUAUAUCGAGGAGCUGGCUGAGCUGAUUUCCGCCAGCCUAGCUGACAUGAGCACUAUUUCUGUCAAGCCUGACAAGUGUGCCAUCCUCCAGGAAACAGUCAACCAGAUCCGCAACAUCAAACAGCAGGAAGGUAUUAGCUGUGAUGCCGUCCAGCAGGGCGAAGUGUCCUCCACGAAGCAUACUCUCCUAGGCAGUGAAGUCUUUGGAAAUUUGCUGCUUGAGGCCCUCGAGGGCUUCUUGUUUGUGGUGAACAAGGAGGCCAGUGUAGAGUAUGUCUCUGACAACGUAUACCAGUUCAUCAAGCAUAAAAAGGACGAGGUUUUGGGGCAAAGUAUCUAUAACUUUAUUCACCUGGGAGAUACAACACGAUUUAGCGCCAUACUCCUGCCCUUAACAUCCACAGGCUGGACUACUGAGCCUGUGGUCGCUCGCAAUCGGAGUGUGACCUGCAGGCUUUUAAUAAAGGAGGAAAAUGAGGAAAGGGAGACUAUGGAAGAGAAACAACAACGAGUGACGAAGUACGAGACUAUGCAGAUAUCGAGCAUUCUCUUAUCAAGUGAUAAAACAGAGGGAGGCGAUGUAUCGUCUGAGUCAGCUGAAAUGACCCAUUGCCUAUGUGUGGCACGUCGUAUCCCAUCAGCUGAGAAAGCGUCUUGUCUUACGAGUGUUGAUCAUUUAACAAUGCGACUAGAUCCUAGUGGACAUAUUGUUGGUGUCGACACCUCUGGGAUGACCCCUACCUACCAUAGUUAUUUUAAUAAGGAACUUGAAGGAAGAAGUAUCAGAGAUGUGGUUCAUCAACAAGAUCUACCAAAGUUGACCACCCAUUUAAAAGAGGUUUUGCAGUCUGGCCAUGGUACCAGUCUUGUCUACAGACUGAAAUCUCUGAAGAAUCCAGAGAAGUACGUUCAGGUGCAAACAAGAUCAAAGUUGUACGAUUGUGACAAUGAGCCUAACUUCAUCAUGGCUGUUCACUCCAUUAUAGCUACAUCAUCAGCUAAUGGCAGUAACAAUUCCCUGGGCGGCCCGUUGGUGAGUGGCUCAGUGAACGGCCAAACAAGUGCAACUUCGAGCAGUAGUGGGCGCAGCAGUGUGGGUGGUGUGAGUUCAAGCAGUUUUGGUCCGAGUGCAGUGAAUGACAUUAGUAACACUAUAGCCCUCAACUCAAGUUCUACGUACCCUACUUUUGGACUGUCUAGCAGCGAUCUCAGUUUGAAUGACUUUGACUUGUUUCCGUCAUCCACAUUUGACCUGGCCGACUCUGGUGGAGAGAAUAGUCUUGACCAGAUGACUGGUCAGACAGGAACAGGUUCUUCUGGUUGGGAACGCCCCAGUUCAAGACAAAGUUUGACACCUGUGUCAACCCCUACCCCACGUCCUCCCAGUGGAGCUGGCCCUUAUAGUCCUGCCCAAGCAGGUGGUGUUUGUGCCAGCCCAUUGAACCCAUACUCCUCUGCAAUGCAACCGAGCCCAGCAAGCAGUGCUCAGGCAUCCACUCCUGCCAGCCGUUAUGCUUACUCUUUCAGCCCGCUGCAAGAACAGGGACCAAAUAGUGCUUAUGGUUUGGAUGACAACAAGGACUCCAAGGAAGGAGCCGGGGAGUUGGGGAACAGUGCUAGUGGGGGAGUGAAUGGCAGUGUAGAAGGUGGGUCUUCAACAACUGGCGAGUCAGAGCGACUGCGAAUGUUACUUCUUACGACCAAACGACCCAGUGUAAGUGGUGAUGAUUCGUGCAUAAGUGACUCAAUGGAUCCAAGUGUGGACAAUUCAGAAGCUCGUAAUAAGCAUCGCAUCCUCAAAAACCUCUUGAACCCAGAUGAAGAGGAUGAUAGCAGACGGGUAGAGGAUUCCUCUACCUUACAAGCAAGUCCAAGUAGCAGAACCAGUCAGCUCAGUAACAGACUUAGUCAAGAUUCUCAUAAUAAAGUUUCUACUGGUAAUAACAACAUGCUUCUCAGGUUACUCAAUGAAAAAAGUGAUGAUGAUGAUUUGGAAAUUAAAGCUGGAAUCAAAAAACGGAAUGAACUUUUACAACAGCUACUAAAAGAUCAGGAUGAAGAGAAGCCACAAAUGGCUCUGGAUACUGGUCAGCAACAACAGUUCCAGCAACAUCAACAUCAUCAGCAUGGUGAACCUGAGGAUCCUUUGCUCCUUAGUUUAGGAUUUCCUAACACGUCGUCACCAUCACCUCCGUCCAAUACCGACUCUUUAGGAGGGCUGUCCUCCCUUAUUGGAGGUCGUAAACGUCCUAGCAAUGAGGGAGAGGACAGUAAUUGCCCUACUAAGAUUCGUGCCUCAGUACCAAGUAUGGUGCCACAUUCAAACCCACCUGUGAGCUCAUCUAGUGGUAAUAGUAAACUGAGGGAAAAAAACAAAAUGUUGGCAUCUUUAUUGGCUCAACAGCCAUCUUUACCCGCCACAAUUCCACCUAUACCGGCAUCGGUAAUCUCAGCAACACCUCAAGAACAUCUUCCUCCACCCAGGGUGGAACGGCCUAAUUUAACUCGAAAUUGGUCUGGGGGUGGUGUACAACCGCCUACAACAAAUGUGUCAACCACAAGGCCAUUGCAACAAGAUCCCAACAGGUCAAAUGUACCACGAGUUGGCCCUCCAAGACCUCCUCCUAAUAAUGCUUUUCUUACGGAUAUACUUAACAGUCCAGGACAAAAAUCGAGUCCUGGGCACCAGCAGCAACAGAUGACUUCUCAGGUGCAACAACAACAGGCCCAACAAGUGCAGCAGCAGCAGCAGCAACAGCAGCAGCAACAACAACAGCAGCAGCAGCAGCAGCAGCAAGCUCAACAACAGGCUCAGCAACAGGCGCAGCAGCAGCAGCAGCAGCAGCAACAGCAGCAACAGCAGCAGCAGCAACAGCAACAACAACAGCAACAGCAGCAGCAGCAACACCAAGUGCAAUCAAGUCAACCAGGUUUGAGUCAUUUGGACCAAACAUUUGUCCACACGCCUGUUUCUGCCAGCAGUGGAGAUUUUCGAAUGGGCGAGGGAGCUAGUCCAAUGUGGGAUAGUCAGUCAUCUGACCAAGUUCUGUCUCUUAUCCUAGACCAAGUCAUUGAAUUUGCACCAGAAAAUGAAGAACCACCUGCUAUACUUGACCUAUUAGAAAAUAUGGAGUCAUCUUCAUCAUCCAUUCAUAUGAAUGAGAAAAUGGCCAUAAGUGCAAUUCAACGAUCUCUGAUGCAGUGUGAAACGGCAAUGAAAAGCCCUUCCUCACCAACUAUUUCUCUUCCGGGAACUCCACCUGCCUAUACGUCAGCAAUGUCUAAUCAAACAUCACAGGCAGGGGCAUUUCCACCACCACCAGUAUAUCCACAAAGACCAAGGCCAAGUGCUCAACCAACAAGUCAAAUGGGACUGCGACCUGGAGCUCCUCCUUAUGCGAUGACUGCAAAUCCUAUUGUUAAUCAGCGUUCAGCUAGCGUUCCUGAUUCACAACUAUCUCCAAACUAUGGAACUCCCAUGCUGAAUAGUGGGGCUGCCCAAAUUUCUCCUGGCCAGAGGCUUAACCAGCAGCCAUACUCCCCUCAUUCCCAGCUUGCAUCUCCUCUUGGACAACAGCAAGGUUUUUCGCCUGUCAGUUCUGGAUUGAAUAACUUUGCUGGCAACCAGCAGGCAGCGCAAGCACGUUUGUCUCCUCAUCCUCCUGGUGGUUUGCCACCCUUUCCUCAGUCGCAGCUCUCUCCUCGCAUCUCUCAGAGUCAGCCUGGAUAUCAGAGUAACAUGACCCAAGCAGUAGCUGGUCAACCAAAUCCCAAUUGGACGCAGGUUGCAAAUCGACUCAGUUUGCAGCAACAACAAAAUCCCAUGCUCAAUGCACAGUUAACAGGCAGCUAUGGGGCAAACGGCACUAGGACAUAUGCGCAGAGGUCACAGCAGCAACCCCAGCAGCAGCCUCAACAAUUGUCGUCUGUGCGGUCGUUGCCCAGUCCAGGGGCACCUGGUGGUCCUCGGCAGUCUCCCUACCAGGCUGAGCAAUUCAGUGCUCCACCUGCCUCCCCCACUGCCACUAACUAUCAAGCUGCACAAGGUCCGUUUCAGCAGCAGAUGCGCUUGCAACGCACAGUCAGUGCUCCCACAGCAACCACACAGUUGCCAGGUGGAGUUAACCCCCCGCGGCUUUAUGGACCGAGACACGACCAUCCUCAUUCCCUGAUGUCUCCGACACAUCCGGGUCCCAUGUCUCCACACCCCUUUCAUGGGCAUCCCCUGCACCAUCCAGUCAUGUAUCCUCAUCCUCCUCAUCCACAUCCGCCCACACCCGAUUCUUCUCCCCAGUUUUGUUUCGAUCAGGCCAGUUUACAAAUAUACGGGGCGAGCGACAGGGCACGACCCCAAGCCCACACACCAACCAAUCACCAAUCGGGUGGGGGCAACAAUGGAAUGACGUCGGAAUGUGUACGUCAAGAAUUAAGAGCCUUUGUUGGUGCUCGAACUCAGGCAGGAGCAGGGAAUGCUGGUGGUCAACGACAAAAUCCACAACAGCAGUCUCAGCAACAACCCCCUCAAACACAGCAGCAGCAACAAUUACUAAGCAAUGACCUGGACAUGGGUAGUCUUAUCUACGAUCCAACAGGUUCCAGUGAUAGCCCAAAACUUUGGGGUAGCAUCGGGUCAGAUAUGGGGUCAGGGUCAACUCAGCCAGGGCUCUCCUCACGGAGUACUAUGGAGGAGUCACCACGACCCGGUGAUCAGAAAGCAUCACUUCUUCAGAAGCUUUUGUCGGAGUGAAGUUCUUACAACUUCUAGCCAUCUCCUAAGUGUUACUGCUGCCACUUUUUCUGUUUGGACAAUGAUGUGAUUGUUUGAGCUCAAAAGACGGAACAAAAGUGUUCAACAGACAGUACUUGAUUUAUUGUUACAAAAGUGCAUUAAUAUGGAAUUAGUGUUUAUUUUUCAUAUUUUUUCUCGAAGUAGGGAAACAUGAAGAAAAAGCAAACACUCAUUUCGUCAAUGUGAGCUGCAUUAUGUGUAGAGUGGUGACGUAGGGAUGAAACAUUGCACCCCAAGAAAACAGCGACUGCCAUCAAUCUUUACAAGAACUGGAUAUUUGCGGCAAGCCUUACAACAAUGCUGUACAUUUUGUACCCUUCUCUUUAAUUUACCACAUUUAAAAGAAACAAAUGUCCAUUUGUAUCAGGAUCUCAUGUACUAUGUAUUUCCACAAACUGUCAUUGGAUUUGAUUUAGUUUUAUUUGUCAUGGGUGACAGUUUAUCAUCUAUUUUAUGAAGUUUUGACAUGUGGUGUUGGAAGUUGUGAGCAUUGGAAUGUGAGCUUGGUAAGUUCUUCAUGUGUCGUCUGGCCUAGUCAUAUGAAUUAGUGAGCAAAUUAAUUUGGGAGGGUGGCCACCGGUCAUGUGAAGUGUUGAAAGGUGAGUUAUGUGCAUAAUUUUUAUGACAGUGUAUCAAUUUUUAUUUUUAAAAACAAGAAACUGUGUUCAGAUAUUUAUAUAACAUGUUAAUCCAGCUUCUAGCUGGGAUGUCUUUGCAGUGAAUUGUGUACAGUUGUUGUUUGUUUUAUGCUUGUCAGUGGAGAUCCAUAUCAUGCUUUGGGACAUAAAAACUACUGUUUUGCACGGCUUUGGAGACUCCAUUUGUACAUUUGUUAUAUUAUUCAUAUGCAUAUAUAUUUUAAUAGAAGAGUAGUUAUGUACUAGCAAGCUGUCAAUUAAAGUUCAGAUAUAAAAUUUGUGGUGACUGCCCUCCCAACCCUGCCACAAUGAAGCAGCUAUUUUGUAGUGGAAAAUAAUGGAAUAUUAUUACACAAAACAAGAGGGCCAUUUUCUUUGACAUGGGGAUGGUGUAUGUUUUUCUCAUCCCUGCUCUAUGUUGGGUGUCAUUGCCAGGCAUUGCCAUAGCUUUUUUGCAUCUGGUGGCUUCUUAAUGUCUCCUUGUUUGUAGCAUCAGUAACUUUGCAUAUUGGGCCAUUCCACUUCUCACAGCCAAGUUUUUGUUGGCCAUUCCACUUUGCAGAGGCAUUGAGUGGUAAGGUUGUUUUAUGUUAGAUGUGGAAAUAAAACGGUAGAGACAACAUAUUCACACUUGAGAUGGGUAUUAUUAUUGCUCAUGAUUUGGGCUUUUAAUUAAAGACUCAUCAACUCUUUUCAUAUUUCUCUUUCUUCUUUUAGUAAACAAUUAUAUGAUUAUUGACAUUGUUUCCUCCUGAGAGUUGUGAAGCACGUUUUAAUUUCUUUCCUAUCUUGCCUAUUUCUUGUCUGAUGUUGCAUAAAAUCAUGAUAGAACCCAGCUGGAUGUCCAUAAAAUGUGUCUUUCUUUAAAAUACUUAGUUCAUAUAAUUUAUUAUUACAUUUGGAAUACUAUCGUCAUUAUUUCAUUUAUUAUUAAUAUUAUUGGAAGGUCAGCUACCUUCUUCACAUUUUCUCUGCAGAUAUUCUCAUGUUUUCUCAUUUGUGAAUAUGUUUCAGUGACAUGAAAAGUGGUUUGGCAAAUAAGCCAAAAGAGUGGCUGACAACAUAAAAUAAGAUCAAAGAUAGAUAGAUGUGUAGUAAGGACUUUCAUGACUUUGUCAGUUUCUAUGAGUUUAAUAAAAUCACAGAUAUCUCAAAUUAUGAUACAAAGUGCAGAAUCGUAAGAAGGAGAAAAAGAAGUAUUUUUGCAAUUCAUUAUUCACAGUUUAAUAUAAUAUAAUUUUUCAAACAUUAGUUAAAAUGAAUACUUUUUAUUAUCAGGGCAAACAUUUCCUGUUCACAGUGUAUAAAUAUAUUCAUGUUCUAAAGUGUUUAAUCUUGACAUCUCUGUAAUGGCAAAUUCAGUGUGAAAUACUGGACAUUCUUAUCUAUCUAUGAUCUGGAACCGAUCAAAUCAUUUCCAACGAAUUGAUUUUGUUUCAGUAUAAGUAGUCUUCCACAGGAACAAUUUUCUUGUUUGUUCUUCUUUUAACAAAGUAAUGAUAGUCUCCUACUUCCUGAUAUUUAUUAGAGCUGUUUUCAUAUGUUGUAAAUGUCAGACAUUGGAAUUGGCUCACACCUGUUUAUACUUAUUAUCUGCAGGAAUAAUGUGUGACAUAUUUCCUGUUCUUGUUCUGUGUACUAGUUCUAGCUGUCCAGAAGUCUGGUGUUAUCGUGAUGAAGAAGUACAAAGCUUUGUGUUAUGUAAUAUAUCUCUGCACUCUCGCUCUUCUACCUGCAAAAUAAAAAGCAGGUCACUCAGCACACACUUACAUACACAAAUGAGGAAGACCUGAUGAAGGGUAUAAGAGGUGUCAUGUUUCUGUGUGUCAAUCUGUGCAAUUAUUUCUAUGGACUUGUGGUUGUGAACUUACGGACUGAUUGAAGUAUAUAAAGCAGUGCCGUGGGAACAAAGCGACAAUGCCUCUGCAGCAGUUGUUUUUGUUGUAAUAAGUAAAACCAAAGCAUGUAUGUAAAUGAUGUACAGAGGACUCUAGAUGAAAAAUGAGGGUAGGUAGUUAGACUUCGGGAUAAUGAUUAUUAUUUUUUAAUGUAGGGUUAAAUAAAGAUUCAUCUUUGGAAUAAAAGAAAAACUAAAUAAAAAUGGGGAAUAGAAUUGGAAUUUUGUCAACAAAACAACUGGACUGCACUUGUAGGAGUUGACAAUAGAUAGGCUGUUUCCAUGUAGAUGAAUAUAAUAGGGAGCCACCCACUUGAGAAUGUAAAUUUGGUUAAUAUUUUUGUAUACAUAUUCUUAAAACCAGGUCCAACACCAAACAGGUUGGCAUGGCAUGUGGAAACAAUGUUAUUUUUUUGUAGCGUGUCAGGCCAUUGGAAGCCAGGUGCAAGAAGUGUAAAGAAAGAAAAGAAGCUGUUUGUAUCUUUACGUGUAAGAAAUUAUAAUUAUUAUCAUUCUCAUUAAUACGCUGUCCUUGUUCACAUCUUAGUUAUGUAUAGUUGUUCAGUUUUUGCCAUUGCGGAAAUAUGGCAUUAAUACUGAUGCUUUUUUGAAAAUAUGUAUCAAGGUUUUAUUAAAGAGCAAAGUUGAUAUUUAAUUACAGAAGGAUAAACGUGAUCUAUGUUAAUGUACAUACUGUGUUUUUCUCCCUUGGUUAUAUACCUGUUACAAUGUUGCCCUUGUGUUCUGUACAUUUCUUAUUUUCCUCUCAUGAAUCCAUCUAUCUUGAUUUUGUAAACGAUAGCAUUUAUCUCCUUCCAUUCAAACUGUUUGUAAUUUGUGUUCACGUACACCCACCCCAUGAGGUGUCAUUUCAAUUCUGGUCAGUUUUUAUUACAUUAGUAUGAAAAAUGUAUGCUGGCACAUAACUAUAAUCAUAGAUAAGUUGUUUUAAGUUCCUGUAGGUCAUUUGUAUAUACAGAUUAUUUUUUAAAAUGUGUAGAAAUUGUUGAAAUAAGAUAUAUUUCAUUUGAGAGUAUUUUGACAUUGAGAGGUGCACAGACUUCUUUUAGGUAUUGUUACCUGGCAUUUAAGAAUAAAACUUUAUUGCGUUUUGUAUAUAACUACAACAGUCAUUCAUGUUUUUGAUUGUGUUAUAAAAGUAAAAGAGAGGCAAAGGAAAAGAUUUUACUGCAUUGGGAUUUUUAUUAGUUUCUGCUAAGGAAGUUAAUGAGAAAUAAAGUACUGUUUUGCUGAAGAAAUGGUGCCGUUGUUUAGAUUUCGUUAAUUAUUCUGAAAGCCAUUAGGCAAUAAAAUCUGUAAUGUAAAAAUAAUUCUUUGUUAUUGUUCCUUUCUCCAUUUGUGCUGCUUUGAUAGCAUAUCCUUUCUUUUUAUCUGGAAAUGGCUCAUUGACUAUGAUGUGUUUGCGAAUAUUUAUUGGGUGUUCAGAAGGAGCAUGUGCACCACCUGAUAUAUAUUUCCUUAAUAAAAAUGAAAUCAUGACCGUAAAUUUGCAGUUGAAUAUUCAGUGCACAGUGAAAGCAUAAUAAAAAACAAAUAUUCCAACUAUGUCACUCAAAGAAUUUUUUGUUUUUAUGAUUAAUGAUCUAGUUUGUGUUAGAAUUUCAUACCUUUGUGCUGAUAGGGGAAAUUCUUACCCUUAAUUGUGAAAUGAUUUUCAGUGAUCAACCACAAACCAAUAUUACCAAGUAUAUUUCUUGAUGGUUGAAAUUCAAUUCUCAGGAAAGCUAUUAACAUCACUCUGGAUAAAAAGAGCACUCAAACUUUUUCGAACACUAUUUCUAUAGUGAUAGAGUAAGAAUGCAAAGAGAUUUGUUCCACAUCUGAUGAGAUAAUAUACCCGCUAGAUGCAGAAUAUUCUAUUAGUACUCCAUUACAUAGCAAAAUUUUUCUUUUCCUGGUCGUGAAUAUUUUAAUACUUUGGUUUCAAGUUUUUCUUUGGUAGAAUCAGCAUUAACAAAUUAUAAGAUUUGAAAACUCCUGUAUUUAAAUUUGUUUGAUUUGUACUUCAUUGAAGAUAAGUUAAAAGGUUUAAAAAAAAUAGGAUGCUUUGUAGUAAUUGCAUAAUGUUUUAAAAUAAACUUUGCUAUGGU